AUGGCUUUUAUGUUAGAUCGGACAGAAUGUAUGAAGAAAAUGGAAUAUCCAAAGCUGAAUGAUGUGGCUAUUGCCCUUACAAGCAAGCUGAUCAAACUUUUACUACUGCUUAUCUUACAGGAGAUUAAUAUGUUUGAAGACAAAACGGAUACAGUGUUUGGCAACAGAGAAGAACGUGCAAACCUUAUAAAUUCUGAGAUGUCUGAGAAGACAGUCCACAACCUCAGUCCUGCUUUUGACAGCAUCCCCUACAGAAUGCAGAACCGGACAGGAUCCACCAACUCUUUGCUGGAUGACAGUGAUUACUUCCUGAACUCAGGAGACCUUGCAGGAAUUCCUGUGGUUGGGAGUGACAAUGAAGAAGAGCAGACUUUUGCUCCAAAGGACGGUCUGUCUUCUGCCCUUCGCUGUGAAGAUAGCCGGGGAGACGGGAGGAGGGUCCGGGAUCAUGUGGUGGACAGUGAAAAAGACACCCCGAUGCCAAACAUGAUCCAGAAGGAUCUCUCUCCCCCUUUUGACAAGGGAUCCUCUGUGUUUAAGUCCCUGCGGAAAGACUUUAGCAUCGCAAGAGACGAUAGUAAAGACCCUUUUUUGACAAAGGAGAAAAUCAGAGAAGGAUCUUUCCAAGAACGUGACAAACGCUUGGAAAAAAUGCCGAAAGAGCUAGAUUCCAGAUUGAAAAGCAGUUUGCUUGAUAAAUCAGUUGCGAAUCAAGUAGAUGAAACGUUACGGACACAUUUAGCACCGCAAACACCAGAAACUAACUUUAGGGAAUCUAGCUACCUGUUUGCUAAUAAAGACUCUGUUGGCCAAGAGCUCGGGAAUUCCUACGCCUCCAAUAUUAGAAUCAAAGAAGAGCCUUUGGAUAAUGACUACGAUAAAGCUAUGGCACCUCAGCCGGGGCUGCUGAAUAAAAUUAAGGAUGAACCAGACAGUACUGAGGAUUAUGGCCAGCAGCCAAAAACUCAGGAAGGGGAACUGAAAAUCAGUGCUGUGUUUUCUGUCAGUGGCAGCCCUCUCGCUCCGCAGCUGACCUCAGGUUUCCCACCUAACACGCCACCCUCUGGCAUGAACAAGCUACUUCCUUCGGUCCCAAGCACGGCCGUUCGGGUUUCCUGUUCGGGAUGCAAGAAGAUCCUGCAGAAGGGGCAGACGGCCUAUCAGAGGAAGGGCUCUACUCAGCUCUUCUGCUCCACACUGUGCCUCACGGGAUACACUGUUCCAGCCGCUCGGCCACAGCCUUUCACCAAGAAAACGUGCUCCAGCUGCUCAAAGGACAUCCUGCACCCAAAAGAUGUGAUUACAGCUCAGUUUGACAAUACAAAUUCCAGCAAGGAUUUCUGUAGCCAGUCCUGUCUUUCUGUAUACGAGUUGAAAAGGAAGCCCGUGGUCACCAUCCAUACAAACAGCAUCUCCACCAAAUGCAGCAUGUGCCAGAAGAACGCAGUGAUUCGGCAUGAAGUGAAUUACCAGAACGUGGUACACAAGCUCUGCAGCGAUGCCUGCUUCUCCAAGUUUCGUUCCGCAAACAACCUGACCAUGAACUGCUGUGAAAACUGUGGGGGCUACUGCUACAGUGCUUCGGGACAGUGUCACAUGCUUCAGAUCGAGGGGCAGUCCAAAAAGUUUUGUAGCUCAGCCUGCGUCACUGCCUACAAGCAGAAGUCUGCAAAAAUUACCCCCUGUGCAAUGUGUAAAUCUCUGAGAUCUUCAGCUGAGAUGAUCGAAAGCACAAAUAAUGUGGGGAAAACGGAGCUCUUUUGUUCCGUGAAUUGCUUGUCGGCACACAGAGUCAAAGUGGUCACAUCGUCAGGUGUCCAGGUCCAAUGUAAUAGCUGUAAAACCUCAGCCAUCCCUCAGUAUCAUCUUGCGAUGUCAGAUGGAAGCAUACGUAAUUUUUGCAGCUAUAGCUGUGUGGUGGCUUUUCAGAAUUUGUUCAACAAGCCCACGGGAAUGAACUCCUCCGUGGUGCCCUUGUCACAGGGCCAAGUGAUUGUCAGCAUUCCCUCAGGAGCGACGGUCUCUGCAGCGGGCAACACUACCUCAACGGUCUCUCCCAGCUCGGUCAGCAGCUCAGCCGCAGCCGGACUCCAGAGGCUGGCUGCCCAGUCGCAACAAGUCUCCCGCACUGUCGCCAAGCUCAGGUGUCAACACUGUAAUCGUCUCUUUGCAACGAAGCCCGAAGUGCUCGACUACAGGGGCAAAAUGUUCCAGUUUUGCGGAAAGACCUGUUGUGAUGAAUACAAAAAGAUAAACUGUGUCAUGUCAAUGUGUGAAUACUGCAAAAUUGACAAGAUCGUUAAAGAAACAGUGCGAUUUUCAGGCAUUGAUAAAUCAUUCUGUAGCGAAGGCUGCAAAUUGCUUUACAAGCAUGACUUAGCCAAACGUUGGGGGAAUCACUGUAAAAUGUGCAGCUACUGUUUGCAAACCUCUCCAAAACUGGUGCAGAAUCACUUUGGAGGCAAAGUGGAGGAAUUCUGUUCAGAAGAUUGCAUGUCAAAGUUCACGGUUUUAUUUUAUCAAAUGUCCAAAUGUGAUGGGUGCAAAAGGCAGGGCAAACUCAGCGAGUCCCUGAAGUGGAGGGGUGAAAUCAAGCAUUUUUGCAACUUGCUUUGCAUUUUGAUGUUUUGCAACCAGCAGUGUGUGUCAGAUCCACCACCACCACCCCCUCCACCUCCACCGCCUCCGCCCCCUCCGCCUCCACCCCCGCCUCCAAAUAAUGCAGCAAAUGUUUCUAUGACACCAACAUCUUCAGCAGGGCCCGCUUUAUCUCUCAGGAAGGACUCCACUCCAGUGAUUGCAAAUGUGGUGUCUCUUGCCAGCGCACCUGCUGCUCAGCCUACAGCCAACUCCAAUAAUGUUUUGCAAGGUGCAGUUCCUACUGUAACAGCAAAAAUAAUUGGCGAUGCAAGUACCCAGACAGAUGCUUUGAAGCUCCCACCCUCGCAGCCACCCCGGCUCCUCAAGAACAAAGCCUUGCUGUGCAAGCCCAUAACCCAGACCAAGGCCACUUCUUGCAAGCCUCACACGCAGCAUAAGGAAUGCCAAACCGAAGAAGAAGAACUUCCACCCAAAAUCAUUAUGGUGCCUGUUCCUGUACCAGUGUUUGUGCCAAUCCCACUUCAUCUCUUCACCCAAUAUACACCAGUCCCUCUGGGAAUGCCAGUCCCGGUCCCGGUUCCUGUCUUUGUGCCCCCUGCCCCAGAGAGCCCUGACAAAACAAGAGAAGCCAUUCCAGACGUCAAAAAGAACUCGGCUAGCCCUUUUGAGGCUGAUCUUCUCCAGAUGGCAGAAAUGGUUGCUGAAGAUAAAGACAAGGAACACUCUCAAGGAGGCUCUCAAACAUCUGAGCAUGAACUGUUUCUGGACCCCAAAAUAUUUGAAAAAGACCAGGGCAGCACGUACAGCGGGGACCUGGAAUCGGAAGCAGUGUCAACUCCCCACAGCUGGGAGGAUGAGCUGAAUCACUACGCGUUACGCUCCAGUACGGUGCCUGAGCCCGAGCCUGAACCAAAACAGUUCUCCAAAGGCGAACUGGAGCAGGAUCUGGAGGCCGACUUCCCAUCAGAUUCCUUUGACCCCAUCAGCAAAGGGCUAGGUCUUCAUUCACGGGCACGAGCGAGGCGGAGACAUCGAGACGGUUUUCCGCAACCAAAAAGACGGGGCAGAAAGAAGUCCAUCGUUUCUGUGGAACCCCGAAUCCUGGUGCAGAGCGCAUAUCCAGGCUGUUCUGUUUCCGGGAUGAGUCUCAAAUACAUGUACGGGGUGAACGCCUGGAAGAACUGGGUCCAGUGGAAAAACACGCAGGAGGACCAAGGAGACCUGAAAUUUGGAGUUCGGUCCGUGAAGCUCAAAGAGGACAUCCUGUCGUGUUCCUUUUCGGAGCUGAGUUUCGGCUUGUGCCAGUUCAUCCAGGAGGUGCGGCGACCAAACGGCGAAAAGUAUGACCCUGACAGCAUCUUAUACCUGUGCCUUGGAAUUCAGCAGUACUUAUUUGAGAACGGCCGAAUAGAUAACAUUUUUACUGAACCCUACUCCAGGUUUAUGAUUGAACUUACAAAACUGUUGAAAAUCUGGGAGCCUACAAUCCUUCCAAACGGUUACAUGUUUUCAAGAAUCGAAGAGGAGCACUUGUGGGAGUGUAAGCAGCUGGGCGCCUACUCCCCCAUCGUGCUCUUGAAUACACUGCUUUUUUUUAACACCAAAUACUUCCAGCUCAAGAAUGUCACUGAGCACAUGAAGCUGUCCUUUGCCCACGUCAUGCGACGCACCCGGACUCUGAAAUACAACACAAAGCUGACUUACUUGCGCUUCUUCCCACCUUUCCAAAAACAGGACGUAGAGCCAGAUAAAUUAGUGGGCAAAAGGAAACGUCACGAGGGCGAAGAAGCAGUAGAGAUGGUUGAGAACACUGACAAUCCCUUGAGGUGCCCGGUUCGGCUCUAUGAAUUCUACUUGUCAAAGUGUUCUGAAAGCGUGAAGCAGAGGAGCGACGUCUUUUACCUCCAGCCAGAACGUUCAUGCGUCCCCAAUAGCCCCAUGUGGUAUUCCACUAUGCCAAUAGAUCCUGGGACUUUGGACAUCAUGUUAACGCGCAUCCUGAUGGUAAGGGAAGUGCACGAAGAACUUGCCAAAGUGAAACCGGAGGACUCGGAUCCGGAGCUUUCAGACUAAACUUGGGCGAAGGGGAGGCUCUCUCUUUUGUUUGUUUGUUUGUUUCGGUUUUGUUUCCUUCCCUUUCCAUGGUACCUUGCAAAAAAAAAAAAGAAAGAAAGAAAAGCACCAAACUGAAUUGCACCCGGCCUUCAGAAAAAAA